AAACUCCAGCGAAUUGUUUUGCGAAUGCGAGUUAGUUAGAAUCGUUAGUUUGAAGAACCGAAACUGUCAGACUUUUUUGUCGAAAUAAUCUCACAGUUGCAGCUGCUACCAAGUUGAAAAGCUGUUGGUGAUGUUACUGACUUAAUGGUUUCUGUGGAUAUGGCAAAGGAAGAUGAAGCCAAUCGCAAAGGAAAAGAGAAUAAAAAGCCAAGCAACCCAGAAAUGAAUCCCAAAGAUGAAAUCAGCCCUCCAGUGUUGAACAAAAACACAGUGAGCGAAGAUACGGUCAAAGAAGACACAUUGUCUCUUCCACUUCUGCCUGGAACGCCAGAGAUGCCUUCGAAGUGUAGCAAUUCGUCAGAAAAUCGCAAGCGCAGUCCUGUUCGUUUUCCGACAUUGUUAAUACCUGGACCAGACAAGGUGUCAAAUCCAAGACCUACGGUUGCUGGAAUAUUAUUUCUACCGUCUAUUUUGUAAUUAUUUGGGACGUCACGUGCGGGGGAUUGUAUUCAUUUUACUCAUUUUUGUAGUAAAUAUCAAUACGAUUUUGCUAAUAGAAUGAAAAUAAAUUUCUUCCGUUUCUCAUAUUCAUAUUAUAAUACAAUUAAAUAUCAGUGCUCAUUUAAA